ACCUCUGUGACCUCUCCUGGAGGAUAUACCUCUACCUGACUGGCUGUUCCUGACCUCUGUGACCUCUACUGGACGAUACCUCUACCUGACUGGCUGUUCCUGACCUCUGUGACCUCUCCUGGAGGAUAUACCUCUUACUGACUGGGUGUUCCUGACCUCUGUGACCUCUACCUGACUGGGUGUUCCUGACCUCUGUGACCUCUCCUGGAGGAUAUACCUCUACCUGACUGGCUGUUCCUGACCUCUGUGACCUCUCCUGGAGGAUAUACCUCUACCUGACUGGCUGUUCCUGACCUCUGUGACCUCUCCUGGAGGAUAUACCUCUACCUGACUGGGUGUUCCUGACCUCUGUGACCUCUCCUGGAGGAUAUACCUCUACCUGACUGGGUGUUCCUGACCUCUGUGACCUCUACCUGACUGGGUGUACCUGACCUCUGUGACCUCUCCUGGAGGAUAUACCUCUACCUGACUGGGUGUUCCUGACCUCUGUGAUCUCUACCUGACUGGGUGUUCCUGACCUCUGUGACCUCUCCUGGAGGAUAUACCUCUACCUGACUGGCUGUUCCUGACCUCUGUGACCUCUCCUGGAGGAUAUACCUCUACCUGACUGGCUGUUCCUGACCUCUGUGACCUCUCCUGGAGGAUAUACCUCUACCUGACUGGCUGUUCCUGACCUCUGUGACCUCUCCUGGAGGAUAUACCUCUACCUGACUGGGUGUACCUGACCUCUGUGACCUUUCCUGGAGGAUACCUCUACCUGACUGGGUGUUCCUGACCUCUGUGACCUCUGCUGGAGGAUACCUCUACCUGACUGGGUGUUCCUGACCUCUGUGACCUCUCCUGGAGGAUAUACCUCUACCUGACUGGCUGUUCCUGACCUCUGUGACCUCUCCUGGAGGAUACCUCUACCUGACUGGCUGUUCCUGACCUCUGUGACCUCUCCUGGAGGAUAUACCUCUACCUGACUGGCUGUUCCUGACCUCUGUGACCUCUACCUGACUGGGUGUUCCUGACCUCUGUGACCUCUCCUGGACGAUACCUCUACCUGACUGGGUGUUCCUGACCUCUGUGACCUCUCCUGGAGGAUGUAUCUCUACCUGACUGGGUGUUCCUGACCUCUGUGACCUCUCCUGGAGGAUAUACCUCUACCUGACUGGCUGUUCCUGACCUCUGUGACCUCUCCUGGAGGAUAUACCUCUACCUGACUGGGUGUUCCUGACCUCUGUGACCUCUCCUGGAAGAUGUAUCUCUACCUGACUGGGUGUUCCUGACCUCUGUGACCUCUCCUGGAGGAUGUAACACACUGCCCUGUGAAUCCUAUUCCUUUAGAUUGGGUCAUUUUUGCAUGAGCUCAGUCUUAUAUCUUAUAUCUGGUGUUCUGCUUGUCUCUACUGAAGGUCUUCAGUCUGUGCCCUUGUGUCUCCCUUCACUGGUCCUAGAUCAGUUGUUACUUAACAGUAUGCACCUGACACAAACAGCACUACAUACUGUGGGAUCUGUUCCUAGAUCAGCUGUUAGUUAAUACUAUGAACAUGACACAGACAGCACUACAUACUGUGGGAUCUGUUCCUAGAUCAGCUGUUAACACUAUGAACCUGAACACAGACAGCACUACAUACUGUGGGAUCUGUUCCUAGAUCAGCUGUUAACACUAUGAACCUGAACACAGAAAGCACUACAUACUAUGAAACCAUCAUAUUUUGCAGCUGUUGUGAGUUCAGUUUCAUGAGGUCUGGACGAUAUCCCAGAACUUUGUUUUUUAGUACUCUUUGGGCCGGGCAGAAUGAUCUUUCAAUUUCCUCGACUGUUUUUCAGAGUGAUAACGUAGUAAAACAAAUUAGAGUUGUAAUGUUCUGAAUGAGUGUGGGUUUCUGAGGUUUUGGGGCCUAAUUACUUGUUAGUGAAAAGUUUGUUGAUUCCAGUAAUGAUCACAAGAGAAGUGCCAAGCCACAGCUUUGUUCCCAAACAAGAAUUAUCAAAACACAUUUUAUAUUCUCCAUAUUCAGCACGUCUGUUGCCAGUGCCUUAAAUCUAUCGCCUACUGUAACGUAACAUUACAACUCUCUGUAUUACCUCUAUCCCCUACUGUAACAGCUCUCUGUAUUAACUCUGUCCCCUACUGUAACAGCUCUCUGUAUUAAUUCUAUCCCCUACUGUAACAUAACAUUACAACAGCUCUCUGUAUUAAAUCGAUCCCCUACUGUAACAGCUCUCUGUAUUAACUCUAUCCCCUACUGUAACAUAACAUAACAGCUCUCUGUAUUACCUCUAUCCCCUACUGUAACAUAACAUAACAGCUCUCUGUAUUACCUCUAUCCCCUACUGUAACAGCUCUCUGUAUUCACUCUAUCCCCUACUGUAACAGCUCUCUGUAUUAACUCUAUCCCCUACUGUAACAUAACAUAACAGCUCUCUGUAUUACCUCUAUCCCCUACUGUAACAGCUCUCUGUAUUAACUCUGUCCCCUACUGUAACAGCUCUCUGUAAUAACUAUAUCCCCUACUGUAACAGCUCUCUGUAUUAACUAUAUCCCCUACUGUAACAGCUCUCUGUAUUAAUUCUAUCCCCUACUGUAACAUAACAUUACAACAGCUCUCUGUAUUAAAUCGAUCCCCUACUGUAACAGCUCUCUGUAUUAACUCUAUCCCCUACUGUAACAUAACAUAACAGCUCUCUGUAUUACCUCUAUCCCCUACUGUAACAGCUCUCUGUAUUAACUCUGUCCCCUACUGUAACAGCUCUCUGUAUUAACUCUAUCCCCUACUGUAACAUAACAUAACAGCUCUCUGUAUUACCUCUAUCCCCUACUGUAACAUAACAUAACAGCUCUCUGUAUUACCUCUAUCCCCUACUGUAACAGCUCUCUGUAUUCACUCUAUCCCCUACUGUAACAGCUCUCUGUAUUAACUCUAUCCCCUACUGUAACAUAACAUAACAGCUCUCUGUAUUACCUCUAUCCCCUACUGUAACAGCUCUCUGUAUUAACUCUGUCCCCUACUGUAACAGCUCUCUGUAUUAACUAUAUCCCCUACUGUAACAGCUCUCUGUAUUAACUAUAUCCCCUACUGUAACAGCUCUCUGUAUUAACUCUAUCCCCUACUGUAACAGCUCUCUGUAUUACCUCUAUCCCCUACUGUAACAGCUCUCUGUAUUACCUCUAUCCCCUACUGUAACAGCUCUCUGUAUUAACUCUAUCCCCUACUGUAACAGCUCUCUGUAUUAACUCUAUCCCCUACUGUAACAGCUCUCUGUAUUACCUCUAUCCCCUACUGUAACAGCUCUCUGUAUUAACUCUAUCCCCUACUGUAACAGCUCUCUGUAUUAACUCUAUCCUCUACUGUAACAGCUCUCUGUAUUAAAUCGAUCCCCUACUGUAACAGCUCUCUGUAUUAACUCUAUCCCCUAGUGUAACAGCUCUCUGUAUUAAAUCGAUCCCCUACUGUAACAGCUCUCUGUAUUAACUCUAUCCCCUACUGUAACAGCUCUCUGUAUUAAAUCGAUCCCUUACUGUAACAGCUCUCUGUAUUAACUCUAUCCUCUACUGUAACAGCUCUCUGUAUUAAAUCGAUCCCCUACUGUAACAGCUCUCUGUAUUAACUCUAUCCCCUACUGUAACAGCUCUCUGUAUUAAAUCGAUCCCCUACUGUAACAGCUCUCUGUAUUAACUCUAUCCCCUACUGUAACAGCUCUCUGUAUUAACUCUAUCCCCUACUGUAACAGCUCUCUGUAUUAACUCUAUCCCCUACUGUAACAGCUCUCUGUAUUAACUCUAUCCCCUACUGUAACAGCUCUCUGUAUUAACUCUAUCCCCUACUGUAACAGCUCUCUGUAUUAACUCUAUCCCCUACUGUAACAGCUCUCUGUAUUAACUCUAUCCCCUACUGUAACAGCUCUCUGUAUUAACUCUGUCGCCUACUGUAACAGCUCUCUGUAUUAACUCUAUCCCCUACUGUAACAUCUCUCUGUAUUAUCUCUAUCCCCUACUGUAACAGCUCUCUGUAUUAACUCUAUCCCCUACUGUAACAGCUCUCUGUAUUAACUCUAUCCCCUACUGUAACAGCUCUCUGUAUUAACUCUAUCCCCUACUGUAACAGCUCUCUGUAUUAACUCUAUCCCCUACUGUAACAGCUCUCUGUAUUAAAUCGAUCCCCUACUGUAACAGCUCUCUGUAUUAAAUUGAUCCCCUACUGUAACAGCUCUCUGUAUUAACUCUAUCCCCUACUGUAACAGCUCUCUGUAUUACCUCUAUCCCCUACUGUAACAGCUCUCUGUAUUAACUCUAUCCCCUACUGUAACAGCUCUCUGUAUUAAAUCGAUCCCCUACUGUAACAUAACAUUCUGUAUGUAUCCAUGGCCUCAUGUGAUACAGGUGGAAGCUGAGCUCUACACUAGAUGUUUUACUGUCAUCAACGCGGGUGGAUUUCUCAUGUUAUUUGUCACGUACACACGUGGUUAGCAGAUGUUAAUGGGAGUGGAUUUCACAUGUUAUUUGUCACGUACACACGUGGUUAGCAGAUGUUAAUGGGAGUGGAUUUCUCAUGUUAUUUGUCACGUACACACGUGGUUAGCAGAUGUUAAUGGGAGUGGAUUUCACAUGUUAUUUGUCACGUACACACGUGGUUAGCAGAUGUUAAUGGGAGUGGAUUUCACAUGUUAUUUGUCACGUACACACGUGGUUAGCAGAUGUUAAUGGGAGUGGAUUUCUCAUGUUAUUUGUCACGUACACACGUGGUUAGCAGAUGUUAAUGGGAGUGGAUUUCUCAUGUUAUUUGUCACGUACACACGUGGUUAGCAGAUGUUAAUGGGAGUGGAUUUCUCAUGUUAUUUGUCACGUACACACGUGGUUAGCAGAUGUUAAUGGAAGUGUAGCGAAACGCUUUUGACCUGACAGAUGAAGGCUGUGGUUUGUGGUGUCGAUUUGUUUGGCUGUGUUUGUUUGUGUUACAGAUGUAAGUUGAUCAGUUGUCUCUCUCUCUGUGUGUUCCAGAGGUGAUCUAAUUGGUUGUCUCUCUGUGUGUGUUCCAGAGGUGAUCUAAUUGGUUGUCUCUCUCUGUGUGUUCCAGAGGUGAUCUAAUUGGUUGUCUCUCUCUGUGUGUUCCAGAGGUGAUCUAAUUGGUUGUCUCUCUCUCUGUGUGUUCCAGAGGUGAUCUAACUGGUUGUCUCUCUCUGCGUGUUCCAGAGGUGAUCUAAUUGGUUGUCUCUCUCUCUGUGUUCCAGAGGUGAUCUAAUUGGUUGUCUCUCUCUCUGCGUGUUCCAGAGGUGAUCUAAUUGGUUGUCUCUCUGUGUGUUCCAGAGGUGAUCUAAUUGGUUGUCUCUCUCUCUGUGUUCCAGAGGUGAUCUAAUUGGUUGUCUCUCUCUCUGCGUGUUCCAGAGGUGAUCUAAUUGGUUGUCUCUCUGUGUGUUCCAGAGGUGAUCUAAUUGGUUGUCUCUCUGUGUGUUCCAGAGGUGAUCUAAUUGGUUGUCUCUCUCUCUGUGUGUUCCAGAGGUGAUCUAAUUGGUUGUCUCUCUGUGUGUUUGAGGUGAUCUAAUUGGUUGUCUCUCUCUUUCUGUGUGUUCCAGAGGUGAUCUAAUUGGUUGUCUCUCUCUCUCUGUGUUCCAGAGGUGAUCUAAUUGGUUGUCUCUCUCUCUGUGUGUUCCAGAGGUGAUCUAAUUGGUUGUCUCUCUCUGUGUGUUCCAGAGGUGAUCUAAUUGGUUGUCUCUCUCUCUGUGUGUUCCAGAGGUGAUCUAAUCGGUUGUCUCUCUCUCUGUGUUCCAGAGGUGAAGGACUAUGAGCCUCCAUAUGGCUGUAAAGUUCAGAUGCAUCCUGGUGUGGAGAGCAUGAAGGAUCACCUCCUUAGAGACAGAGGAAGACCUGAGAUCCCAGACAGCUGGGUCAACCACCAGGGCAUAGCCAUAGUGUGCGGCUCCAUAGAGGAGUGUUGGGACCACGACCCGGAGGCCAGGCUCACAGCCCAGUGUGUUGCCGAACGCUUCAGCGAGAUAGAAGACGAGAUGGAGAAACUGUCCAGCCGCAGCAGCUCCGACGAGAAGAUACCUGCGGAGGAACAGAAGAUACCGACGAAACCCGGAGAAGAGCGACAGAUGAUAGCGGAACAGAUAGAAGAGGGGAAAGUAGCGGCGGAGAGCUCUGUGAGCGAUGAGAAGUGAGGGAAGGGGGGAGGAGAGAGGACGUGGAACCCGAGGACUAGAACGUCAGUAUGUCACAAACACACAACUCAUGUUGCUAUGGGAACUAAACAACCACACCCAAACAAACAGCCCACACCUGGAAGAUAUCCAGGACAGUGGAUGUACUGUGUUACUGUACUGUACUGCUGAUGCUCUUCUGUAUUGUAUUACCAGAAUGCAUACAGUAUUUAUACUGUAUAAAAUAAGUAUGUACAGUUUACAGUAUUUGGAUGUACUGUACUGUAUUGGAGGUUUCCCCACUGAAGAUAGCUCUCCCUUUGACUGAGAGGACAGGACAGGACAAUGGAAGAGAUUAUAACCAAAGACUGAGAUUACAGGACAUGACAAUGGAAGAGAUUAUAACCAAAGACUGAGAUUACAGGACAUGACAAUGGAAGAGAUUAUAACCAAAGACUGAGAUUACAGGACAUGACAAUGGAAGAGAUUAUAACCAAAGACUGAGAUUACAGGACAUGACAAUGGAAGAGAUUAUAACCAAAGACUGAGAUUACAGGACAUGACAAUGGAAGAGAUUAUAACCAAAGACAAUAGCACUUUCUGAGAUGAUAGCUAUGCAUACCAGAGGGUGGGUUAAUGCAGCACCACAUACAAGUCUAAUAUGUAAACAGUCUAUGGUUCUGGGGUAAUGUAGUCUAACAUGUUGGGGGAGUGGGGUAAUGUAGUCUAACAUGUUGGGGGAGUGGGGUAAUGUAGUCUAACAUGUUGGGGGAGUGGGGUAAUGUAGUCUAACAUGUUGGGGGAGUGGGGUAAUGUAGUCUAACAUGUUGGGGGAGUGGGGUAAUGUAGUCUAACAUGUUGGGGGAGUGGGGUAAUGUAGUCUAACAUGUUG